CAUCAAGGGGAUAUCGUUGUGGCCCGAUAUUGAAGGGCAGUAUUUCGGUCGGGAAUUCGGUUGUCGAGAGGCUCGAGAAGCAACGGUCGCAGCGGUCGGGAGGUGUCGAAAGGGAAAUCGAGGACUGCACGAGAAGAGGUCUGUCUCGUGGUCGGCAAGAGGGAAAACGUUGGUCGCUUCGGUGCUUUUAUGACGGCCACAUGCCAGAAGCCACAAGUUCACCCGUCAACUAGUGUAGUAGGGCUGUUUGAGACGAAGCGAGGGCAGUUUAGUCGAUGGGAGACGGUUCGGUCGAGGCCGGGGGGGGGUUUAGUUUCAAUCCUAUCCUCGGGGUCUUCGGGGACCCUUGACGAACGAGAUGACGAAAGAGAUGGAUGGGACGAUUUUUUUUUCUUCUUUUUCCUCUUCUUCUUUUUUCUCUUCUUCUUUUCUCUCUUCUCUUCUUUUUCGAAGUAUGCUUCUCGCUGCUCGUCGUGGAAUCUUGUCGGCAAAAGAACCAGGCGGUGGUUGUCGCUCUGCAAUCGUCGGGGGCGACUUUGGAUUCUUGUUGACAAAUGGGCAGCAAGGGGUAAUUAUUGCCUGAUAUAAUAAAUAUACAUAAGUAUAUCCAGGUUAUAAGGUAGGUGUAUCAACGAACACUAAGGUUGAGGGAAUACGUAAUGAGGCACCAGGGCUUCAUCACUCUUUCUUUGGUUCAUGUUCAAGGAUGGGAU